CGGGAGUAGCUCGGCCACACUGGAGGUCUCAGCCACAGCUGCCUUCACUUUCGUUUCCCCGGGAUCCUAGGUCUGUGGUCGCCGCGGUUUCGUUUCCGAGGCGUGGCGGAGGGCGCGGCCCGGGACACCCAUGGCCCUAGUAAACCGCCCUCGAGCCCCACUGUGGCUCGGGCGACUGUCGCGGAGGCUGUGCGGGCGACACCGGGCCUGCAUGGGGACCAUGGCUCGGCCGCGGCGCUUCACUGUGGAGCUGCCUGAUUGCUCCCUGACUCACUUCGUCCUGGGGGACGCAACAGACCACAGGGAUGCACGCCUGGCAGAGCUGCUCGGGCCCCCGGGGCGCAGCUACGCGCUGUGUGUGCCCCUGGCUCCAGGCGAAGGCUGUGGGCCCCGGGUGCAGGCGGCUCGGGUGCACCAGAGCCUGCUGAAGCAGCUGCGCAGGGGUCCUUUGCAGAGAUGCCAGCUGAGCAAGCUGCUAGGCUAUGGUCCAGGCGAUCAAGCCGGCGAAGCCCAGCAUGGCUUCCUGCUGCGCGACCCUUGCGACCACCCGGACACCCGGCGCGACUUGCUCCAGCUUCUGGGCUCGUGCCAGGAGGCGGCGCGCCCGCAGUUGGCCGAGUUCCAGGCAGACUCCCAGGGUUUGCUGUGGCAGCGUCUGUGGGAGUUGCAGGGAGACAGGCAGGUGCAGGUGGACUGCGCAUGCGUCCUGCCCACUCUGGAGCCUCAUCUGCACCCGCUGCUGCCAGAUCUGCUCAACUCCGCGGUAUUCCAAGACCGGGACGCGGCAAGGGCUGUCUUGGAAGAGUGCACAUCCUUUAUUCCAGAAGCCCGGGCAGUGCUUGACCUGGUUGACCAGUGCCCAAAGGAGAUCCAGAAAGGGAAGUUCCAGGUCAUUGCCAUUGAAGGACUGGAUGCCACUGGUAAGACCACACUGACGCAGUCUGUGUCAGAGUCUCUCAAGGCUGUCCUUCUACAGUCUCCACCCCCUUGUAUCAGCCAGUGGAGGAAGAUCUUUGAUGAUGAACCUACUAUCAUUCGAAGAGCCUUUUAUUCUUUGGGCAAUUAUCUCGUGGCUUCUGAAAUAGCUAAAGAAUCAACCAAGUUUCCUGUUAUUGUAGACAGGUACUGGCAUAGCACAGCCACCUAUGCCAUAGCUACUGAGGUGAGUGGAGGUCUACAGUACCUACCCCCUGCCCACCACCCUGUGUACCAGUGGCCAGGGGACCUGCUGAAGCCUGACAUGGUCCUGCUGCUUACUGUGAAUUCUGAGGAGAGAGUGCGGAGACUGCAGGGCCGGGGCCAGGAGAAAACCAAAGAAGAGGCUGAACUUGAGGCCAAUAAUGUGUUUCGUCAGAAGGUGGAAAUGACAUACCAGCGUAUGGAGAACCCAAGCUGCCAUCUGGUGGAUGCCAGCCCCUCAAGAGAGAUAGUUCUACAGAAGGUUUUACAGCUGAUUCAGAGUUCUGGUCAUUAAUUGUCAUUGUUCUGGCCAGGUUCCUCAUUAUACCAGAAGAGAAACUGUGUGAUGCACUAAAACCCAGCACUUUGCCAUGCAGCUUCUUAGAUUUAGGGGGUAUGAGCAUAUUUGUGGAAGAAACUGGGGACUGAGCAGUUUGCUUUCCUUCUGACUGACUGAGCCAGGCAUGGCUGCUGAUUCAUUUCUGCCUGGCCAUGUACCAACUUCCUGGGAUAUAGAGGGCAUCCUGCAGCUGGAAACUAAGGAUAUCAGCUUUGACCCACAUUGAUCAAUUGUGAUGAGCUAGCCUCGUUUGUUUUUACCCCAAACCCUAUAAUUAAGGAUUAUCACAGAGCCUGGCUAUCCGAGGACAUUCCUUUGGAGCUAUACAUGGGUGGAGACACUUGGAAAGAAGCCAUUGCUCUUACUUCAGAGAAUCAAGGAACACCUUGGACAGUGCCCUGAGUGAGCGCCUCAGCAGUGAAUAGAUGUGUGCACCCAAACUGCAAAUGCUCCAAACCCCUCUUGUUCUCUUUUGCUUGUCUGUAUCUGUAUUCCAUUUCUCAACUCCGAAAUCCCGUUCUGAGUGUAAUGAGCAGUCUGCACUGAUCUGGAUGCAUUGCACUUACCCAACACACCAAUUUGUACACACCAAUUUGUUUAUAUUGAUGUUUACAUCAUGUGUUUCCUCAGUGUAGGAGCUGUGUGUGAGUCACACACACAAACUGAGGCCAAGGAGCUAAAUGCAGCAUUUGCUCAAUGUUUUCAUUACACAAAUUUAAUUUAUCUUAAUAAGCACCGUGGAUUCUGGAACGAGACUUUAUAGUAAAUUAUCAUGCACUUUGAAUGUCUUCUGAUUGCAUGUGAAGUCAGCUUCAAGGGCUCUUUAGAUAGAGAAUAGAACCGUGGAGGAGAAGCCUGGUGGCUCUGUAGCCUUGGCUUAGUCAUUUAACGUUGAUAAUGUCAACAGCUUUAUCUGAAAGGGGGCAGUUGGUGGUCCUCUAGAAAUAUUUACUUGGGAGGCUGAGAAAGGAAAAUUGAAAGCUCUAGGUGUAAGUUCAGAACUAGCCUGGCCAGUGUAGUGAGACCUUGUCUCAAGAUAAAAACUACAAAGAGGACUAGGGGUGAAACGCCAUAGUAGAACAUUGUAUUGAAUAUUCUAUCCCUGGGUUCAGUAUCUGGGGUCCAUUCCCAGUACCAUAAGAAUAAAAUAUAAACAGAAAAACAAACAACUAAACAAUAAAAGGAAUUAAGUCAUAUUUGGUCAUAAGGAGGUGGCUGGACCAGACUAUUAUUUAACAUUCCAGUUCAAAUGUUGAUGCCUCUCUACAUCAUUUUUGAUCCCACAUCCCAUUUCUUAAGAAGAAUCUGUUCCCAAGUAACUAUAUUAAAUUACAUGAAAGCCUUCUAAGGUUUACCCUAAUCUUAAACUAUAAUAAGACUUAGUAUUAACCUCUCAAUAUUUUUCAUCUUGGGACUACAUAUAACUUAUAAAUAAUGUGUAUAUAUAUAGAUAUAUUGUUGGCUUCUGUUGAACAUAUUUUUAAGCUGAUAAAUAACAUUAAGGCUCUCUGUAAUAUGGCAGCUAAUUCCACAAAGGGUUUUGUUCAAGCCUCUCUGAGAUGAUUGCACCAGAGGCUGAGAAGGAAGUCGUAGUGCUUUCUUCAUGAAACCUGCCAGUGAAUAAACUUGCUCUAUCAUUCCUAACCCUGUUUGCCAUCAUUGUUGAGUUGCACACUUGUCAGACUUAG